AUGAAUUAUACACCUCUGGAUCAGAAUGCUCUGCAAAAUCCGCAAGCUGCAACAGUGCUAUGUUGCAACUGUGGUGUGCCUAUGGACGGAUCAAGUGGUUUAGUUAUGUGCUACGACUGUAUCAAGAUGACUGUGGAUAUCACGGAAGGCAUACCAAGGGAAGCCAAUAUUUCAUUUUGUAGAAAUUGUGAGAGAUUUCUUCAACCACCUGGCCAAUGGAUUAGAGCAGAGCUAGAAUCUCGUGAACUUCUAGCUUUGUGUCUGCGCCGGCUGAAGGGUUUGACUAAGGUCAGAUUAGUGGAUGCAUCAUUUAUCUGGACAGAGCCGCACUCCAGACGUAUUAGAGUAAAGUUAACGGUUCAGGGUGAAGCUAUGGCCAACACCAUCAUUCAACAAACUUUUGAAGUUGAGUAUAUUGUUGUGGCUAUGCAAUGUGCUGACUGUGCUAGAUCUUAUACAACCAACACUUGGAGGGCUGCCGUUCAAAUAAGACAAAAGGUUCCUCACAAGAGGACAUUUCUCUACUUGGAACAACUAAUUUUAAAGCAUAAUGCACAUGUUGAUACGAUCAAUAUUUCUGAGGCCAAGGAUGGUCUUGACUUUUACUACGCUCAAAAGAACCAUGCGGUGAAAAUGAUUGAUUUUUUGAAUGCUGUAGUACCUAUCAAAUCAAAAAAGUCAGAGGAGCUGAUCUCUCAGGAUACUCAUACCGGUGCUUCAACGUACAAGUUUACGUAUUCGGUAGAGAUUGUCCCAAUAUGUAGGGAUGACCUGGUCGUACUCCCUAAGAAACUUGCAAGAGCGAUGGGAAAUAUAGCACAGUUUGUUUUGUGUUCUAAGAUCUCAAAUACAAUCCAGUUUCUGGAUCCUACUAACCUGCAGAUUGCGGACUUGAGUGCUCCUGUGUAUUGGAGGACUCCAUUCAGCUCACUCGCUGACGUGUCGCAGCUCGUCGAGUUUAUUGUCCUGGAUGUUGAUCCGACUGGUGAAAGCAGGGGUAAAUGGGUAUUAGCUGACAUUACAGUAGCAAGGUCCUCUGACUUGGGUGUUAAUGACCAAGUUUAUUAUGUCAGAUCUCAUUUAGGUGCCAUUUGUCACCCUGGUGACAGUGUGAUGGGUUAUUUUAUCGCAAACUCCAAUUACAAUUCAGAACUGUUUGAUGGGCUAAAUAUUGACUAUGUUCCAGAUGUGGUCCUAGUCAAGAAACUGUACAUUAGGAAGACUCGUAAAAACAGAAACUGGAAGCUGAAGAGAAUGGCUAAAGAGCAUAAGGAGAUUGAUGCAUCUCAAGACUACAGUUCUAGACAGCAGAAGCAGGAAAUGGAGAGAGCUGAAAAAGAUUAUGAGUUGUUCUUGCAAGAGCUAGAAGAAGAUGCGGAGAUGAGACAGACAAUCAACAUGUACAAGAAUAGAACGCAUCAAGUUACCGCAGAUGGUGAAAUGGAUGAAGAUGAAGAUGAGGACGCUCCCCAAAUUGAUAUUGAUGAAUUGCUUGAUGAGCUGGACGAAAUGACAUUAGAUGACGACCCAACUUCUCACGAUAUGCAAUAA